GCGGCGCCCCGGCUAACCGAGAGCCGUGCGCGGGGCUCCCGUGGGGAAGGGGGAAGGCGCUGGAGCCUGGCACCCCCCGGUGCAGAGCGCCCCCCCCCGGGGCUGGCUAGCGACUCCCCAGCAAACCUGCCCCCCUCCCCCGCCGGCUUCAUUCAAACAAGUCUUAAAAACCAAAGGAGCAGAGCAGGGUGGCACUGCCAGGCCUGCCUGUGCCCUGCGCCCCUCCUGCCUGUGCCUGGCCGGUCUAGCUGGUCUGUCUCUUGCUGUCCCUGAUCUCAGCUGGUCUCUAGGUGCUGCUGUAAUGUCCAGGACUCUCCGAGCUGGAUCUAGGUAACCUGACCUGAGCACCCAAGGGAGCGUGUGGAUUGCGAGCAGUAGCUCUCCGAACACCCUGGAGGGGGUGCUGCGGUCGGGAGCUGUGUCUGGCUUGGGUAGGGGAUGAACUCCUGCCAGGCACAACGGAGGUCACUAUAGUUAUCCCUGUUGUGCUGGUGGGGAAACUGAGGCCCCAUGAGGGAAAGUGAUUGCAGGAGGCUGUUGGCAGAGCUGGGAAUAAAACCCAGGUUACCUGGGCCUCAGGCCACCUGGGCCCCAGGCCAGCGCUCUCUCCACUAUGCCAUUCUGCCUGCCUUAUUGCUAAUGAUUUUAACCUCCCUUGGCCCAGGUGUAAGUGAUGACACAAGGUGCGGCGUGAGAGCAUUCAGCUCGGGCUUCCAGUCAGGACAGCUCAGUGAGAACAAGUCUCUCCAUUCUUUAAAGCGCCCAUCAGUGUGGUAUCUAGGUACCAGACCUGCUGUAGAAGCCACUGUAUCUAGAUGCUUCCCAAUCUGUGACCUCUUGAGACCUGUGAAUUCCUCUAGCCCCUAGAUCGCCAAGGCCUUUAAAGUAGGGUCAGUAUCUCUGUUUAAUUGAUGGGGAAACUGAGGCACAGAGUCACAGGAUUUGCCCUAGGUUGGCUGGUGAGUCAAUGGCAGAGCUGGGCCUGCCCACCCCAGGUACAAAGUGUUGCCUCUGAGGGCAGCAAAGAAGGGUUAAAAUGCCCCAGACCCACAAUCUGAUCUGAGGACAGAGCAGAUGCACCUGGUGCAGCUGAGCCUACCAGGUAGAGAUCUGGGAGGGGGCAGAUCUUGGCAGCAGGGGUAGAGGGGCUGGAGACCAUUCCAAGAAGCGGGGGCCGAGAACAACCCAGCCUCUGGGCCCAUGGACAGUUCUGUGACUGUCACCAGGGGGAUCCAAUCCUUCCCUCCCCGGGGAUUCAGCUCCCCAAGGGCAUCCUGAGACAUAGGGCCUGCUUUGGCUCCUGCUGAGUCACUAGGAGCUCAGCCAUGGGCAUCAGCUGGUGCUGGUGGGUGCUGAUCUCCCAGAAAUUCCCUUGGGCAUCCUGGAUGCCAAGGCAGCCAUUGCCUGAGCUCUCUGGGGCAUCUCUAUGGUGCAUGCCCCAUUUCCACAUCAAAAGGCAUUUUUCUGCUCUAAUAAUUUGUAUUGUCUCACACUGUGUGUGUGUGUCCAAAGCACCAGAGCAAAAGGGAAUGUCCUGAGGGGAUAGAGGGCUCAGACAGAUGCCAAAGGGUUCCACAUGCCCGGCAGGGCUCACCAUGGCAAGGUCUGAGGAGCUGUCAGCCUAGCAGCCCCCAGCUCAGGGGCACAAUGUAGGCCAGUGGCUCAUCUGUGUGCCUGAGGCAUGGGAGACCUGGGUUUCCAUUCCCGGCUCUGCUCGGGCUGCCGCUGCUCUGUGCCUCAGUUUCCCCAUCUGUAAAAUGGGAGUAGGGGUGCUAUUCCAACCCACUACAAGAUCUGUGAUUGAAAAGCACUGUAGGAUGGAAGUGGGGUGUGCAGAAAAGCAGGGAUUCAGCCUGGUUCUGUGUGCGAGGCACAGUGUUUCCUCCUCAUAGUGACAGCACCUCCUCCUUGGAAACAGAAUUCUCCUGUUCCCCUCUGCCUCCUGACUGCAUGGGAGGCUGCCCUCUCUGAGCGCAACCUGGCUUCGCUCCUCUGGGGAGUGUGGGGAGGUAGGGGCUGUUUGAAAGAGGGCGAUUCUCUGGGAGUUUUGCUGAAAGUUUUCUGCCCCCAUCUCUGCUGACAGCUACAUUUUCAGCUAAUAAAAAAGGACAGCAAAAUCCAACCAGUAAUCCUAAAUAUUUCUCUUCCACAGCUACCUAUUGCAGCAAAUCUCGGGGGGGGGGGGGAACAAAGGGGUUCAGGGGAAUAUAGUGAAUGAAAGAAGGAAGGGGAACACACACGUGCAGGGCAGCGUAGGGAGGUGUAAAUGGGAGAGGGAAUUUGGGGUGGAAACUCCAGCAGUUUUGCCCUGUGCUGGUGAAACAAAGCCACUGGAGACCUCUUUGAACUGUUCUGUGUUCUGUCUCCUCUGUGCUGGCCUGCAGCACCGUGUGGGUGAAUCCAGCCAUUAAAAGAUGUAUUUAAGAAAAUGGUUUAAGGUUGAUGCUUCUUUCUUCAAAUCCUCCAAAAUAUCCCACAGUAAUGGUCAGGUUGGGUUUCUCGUUCAGUGUUUGUGUGUGAAACUAUCAGUGAAAAACGCUGAGUGCUUCAGUGCAGGGACCGUUCUUCAUUGCUAGGUACAGAGCCUAGCAUGGUGGGGUCUCCGUUUUAGUGGCAGCCUCUAGGGCAGGGGUGGGCAAACUACAGCCCUGUGGGCCACAUCCGGCCCACCAGCUGAUUUAAUCCAGCCCGCCAGCUCCUCCUGGGGAGCAGGGUCUGAGGCUUUCCCCGCUCCAGCUGGGGAGUGGGGUCGGGGGCCACUCCAUGCACCGCUGCUUCCAUAAACAACAGCAUGUCCUCCCUCCAGCUCCUAUGUUCAGGGGCAGCCAGGGGGCUCUGCGUGCUGCCCCAUCCACAGGUGCCACGCCUGCAGCUCUUAUUGGCCAGAGAUUGCAGCCAAUGGGAGCUGCCUGUGCACAGGGCGGCACACAGAGCUCCCUGGCCAUGCCAGAGCUGGAGUGGGGACAUGCUGCUGCUUCUGGGAGCUGCUUGAGGAUCUUUGUGAACCGCAGCCUUGCUCUGGAGAAGAUCAGGUGCUUUGGCUUCGAUAUGGACUAUACACUGGCGAUGUACAAGUCCCCAGAUUACGAGGAGUUGGCCUUCGAGCUGCUGCUGGACCGGCUAGUCUCCAUUGGGUACCCCCACGAAAUUCUGAAGUACCAGUAUGACCCGACCUUCCCCACCAGGGGCUUGGUGUUUGAUGCUCAGUACGGGAACCUUCUGAAGGUUGACUCCCAUGGGAACCUGCUGGUCUGCGCCCACGGCUUCCGCUUCCUCAAGGGGCCUGAGAUCUGGAAUUAUUACCCCAACAAGUUCAUUCAGCGGGACGAUAUGAAGCGAUUUCACAUUCUCAACACGCUCUUCAACCUCACAGAGACCUAUCUCUACGCCUGCCUGGUGGAUUUCUUUACCAACUGCUCCAGAUACGUCAACUGUGACACGGGCUACAAACACGGCAACCUCUUCAUGUCAUUCCGCAGCAUCUUCCAGGACGUGCGCGAGGCCAUGGACCACGUGCAUCUCUCGGGCUGUCUGAAGGAGAAGACGCUGGAGAACUUGGAGAAGUUCGUAGUGAAAGACCCCCGUGUGCCCCUGCUGCUGAGCCGCAUGAAAGAAGUGGGGAAGGUUUUCCUGGCCACCAACAGCGAUUACAACUACACAGAUGCGAUAAUGACGUACCUGUUCACCUUUGACCCGAGAGACAAGGUCCAGCGCCCAUGGCGCUCCUACUUUGACCUGAUUGUCGUGGACACACGCAAGCCGCUCUUCUUCGCCGAGGGGACAGUCUUGCGGCAGGUCAACACGGACACGGGGAAGCUGCGUAUCGGGACCUACACCGGACCCCUCCAGCACUGCACUGUCUAUUCUGGAGGCUCCUCGGACAUGGUGUGCGACCUCCUGGGGGUGAAGGGCAAGGACAUCCUCUACAUCGGGGACCACAUCUUCGGGGACAUCCUCAAGUCCAAGAAGAGGCAGGGCUGGCGCACCUUCCUGGUGGUGCCCGAGCUGGCCCGAGAGCUGCACGUGUGGACAGAGAAGAGCGAGAUCUUUGAGGAGCUGCAGAGCCUGGACGUGCUGCUGGCGGAGCUGUACCAGCCCUUGGACAGCGGCAGCAGCGAGUGUCCGGACAUCAGCUCCAUCAAGCGCCAGAUCCAGAAUGUCACCCACAAGAUGGACAUGUGCUACGGGAAGAUGGGCAGCCUUUUCCGCUGUGGUUCCCGCCAGACGCUCUUUGCCAACCAGCUGAUGCGCUAUGCAGACCUCUAUGCCGCCUCCUUCCUCAACUUCCUCUACUACCCCUUCAGCUACCUGUUCCGUGCACCACCUGUGCUGAUGCCGCAUGAAUCAACUGUAGAGCACAUGCACCUGGAGCUCAGGGAGUCAGGCUUGUUAAUGGGGCAUCGGCUGCACCAGCUCAGCUUCCACAGCCACCAGAACCUCAGAGGCAUUUUUCAGGACACUGACGAGGCUGAGGAUGAUGAUGACUGAGCCGGGCCACAGGCUGAUUGCUGACUGGACGGCAGCCGCCAAACCCAGAACAAAGCAUUUUUCUGAGGCAUCAAAAUCCUGUAAAACGGGAGAGUGU